CGAAAAGCUGCAACGGGAGUCUAAAAAAUUUAAGAUCUAAAAUCUUUUUUUCAUUUUCUGGAUCUCAAACUUCACAAGAAACCGGAGAUCCUGCUGGUGCGAGUCAGUGUGUGUGAGAUUGGGACCUGGUGUGUGUCAGGGGGCUAUGGUGAGGCGAUGUGCACUGGCUGGUGUGAGGAGAGAUGGACCAGUGUCAGUGGAAGAAGACGAAGAGGUAAAGGACUGGAUCUUCACUCAUGGCUGCGCGUCUCGCUCUUGUUCUCAGCUCUGUGGGGCCAAGCGUCCCCCCAGUGCCCGGACAGCUGUCACUGCGACUGGGACACGGCCACGGUGCUGUGUUCCGAUGCGGGGCUGCGGGAGAUCCCAGAGGGGAUCCCACCGGAAACUGUCUCCCUCCACCUGGAACGCAACUACAUCCGAAACAUCCCCGAGAGCGCCUUCAGCGGCCUGGUCCACCUGCGGGAUCUGUACCUGUCGCACAACCGAAUUGACUCGCUGGCCUGGGGGGCCCUGCGGCAUCUGGGCCCUGAGCUGCGCCUGCUGGACCUCUCGCACAACCAGCUGAGGCAGGCCAGCAGGGAGGAGUUUGGAUCUACUCGUGCAACGACGCGCCUCUACCACAACCCGUGGCACUGUGACUGCGCUCUUCAGGAGUUGAUGGAGUCUCUGAACCUGGAGCCGGAGACAGUAAAUGGGAUCGUGUGUGAGAGCUCUGUGAGGGGGCUGGGCGAGGGUAGCAGGUGGGAGGACCCGGGGUCGCACGGCGAGAACGCUGGUCAACCGCUUGUCAAACUGUUGGAUUCUGGGGUGAAUUUCUGCAGCUUGCAGAGGAAGACCACCGAUGUAGCAAUGCUGGUGACAAUGUUUGUAUGGUUCUUCAUGGUCAUCGUGUAUGUCGUGUACUAUGUGAAGCAGAACCAAGCCGAGACCCGCAGGCAUUUGGAAUACCUGAAGAGUUUGCCCAGCCCCCGGAAGACCCCCACAGAGACAGAUACUCUGAGCACUGGUUUCUGAACUCCGAAAUGGAACAAUGGGGGAAAUUGAUUUUUCAAGAACUACUGAUAAAUGUCAAAAAAAUGCCGUGUGGAGUUUCUGGAAGAUGCUGAUCCAGAGGAAACUAACCUUUUACAGCUGUGCUUUGUGAUAUUUUUUCAUAUUUGUUACAACUGAGCCCCUGACCACACUUGUCCUAAUAGUUAUGUACCUGUUGCAUUUUUCUCAAUUUAAUGAAACAUAUUUGUGUACGUUCCCCCAUGUGCACUGAGAGACCUAUACCCUGGUCUUUUAUCUUUCAUUAAGCUCUAUUUAAGAGUGUUUGAUUGGCCCUUAAUGAAGAAUUGAAAGCCACUAAUCAGCUGGAGUGUGGACCAGGUUAAAAAAGAAGAGUGUGUGAACUCAAAUGUGUGUCCCAAUCGAACUGCCUGUUCAUUUGUGCUUUGUAGUUCUCGUGUCUUGUAACAGGCCAAUUUCCCUUGGAUGACAUUGAUUUUGCACAGAUGCUCUGAAGCCAAUCCCAAUUCAAGACCACACAGACGGUGGUUUCGUUGCCAGUGGAGAAGUGCUGAUCUAAAUGUACUGUGACGAAGCCAUGAGAGCUGGAGGUGAACUCUUUAGUCUCCAAGCUGCAGCAACCAGCUCUAAAAAUAUCUUGGUGGCCAAGUGUACACACAGCUUGUCCACUGAUUGGUAAGAAGAAAUCCCAGCCGGAUUUAUAAAUGGAUCAUUGUCAUAAAGUUGAUUAGUGUAGCCAUUUUUCUUGAGAGAAGCUGUUAUUUAGGCCUUAACCCUCCUGUUACCUGCGGGUCAAUUUGACCCCAUUCAAUGUUUAACCCUCCUGUUACCUUUAUAUUUACUGACAUAUUUUACCCUCGGGGUGAAUUUGACCCCAGCAAUUAAAACCUCCAGAAAAUUAUUAGAAUUAAUAUUGUUUUCCAAUUUUAAGUGUGAGGUACUUUAUGUUUGUUUGUUGACUACCUAAAUAGCCCUUUAAAUAUAUAAAAAAGUUGAUAUUUCUUAUAUGUUUCACACAGUGAAAAACAGCCUGGGGUCAAAUUGACCCGAAAGAACACCGACAUUAAACAUUGAAUGGGGUCAAAUUGACCCUAAGGUAACAGGAGGGUUAAUUAAUCUCUUGAGUCCUGAUUUUCCGUUUUGUCUGCACUGAUUGCCGUAUACAAAUAGUUCUGUCUCCCAUUUAUAGAGUAGGCUUCAUCAUAAUUGAUUAUUAUUUUUGAAGCAACGGUAAAAAUGAGCAAAACACUUUAAUAAAAAAUAGAAUAUUUUUUUCAGUUCGUACAUUUAACAAAUGCAAUAUUAAGAUUAAUACCAUGCCUGGAAUUUAUACUGAACAUGCACUUAAUAUGGAACAAAGUACCUUGUUUUAACUUCACUUUGUUCAUAUUUACCUUCGCAAAAUAUGGAACAUUUUCUCUGUGGAUUCUGUGGUGAAUGUAUUCACUGAUACAUAUGGAAACUAAAAGGCCUUUCUAAAGCCAGCAACA